CCUUCACCCCCUUCAACUCCGUAGCCACCGAAGAAAGUUUAGGUUCAAAGUCUGGAUUCAAAAUUAUUUAAUUAAAUAGCUCAGUUUCUUUUUUUAAGUUAGUCUUGUGGGUAUAUUUAUUCGACCAUGGCGAAUUCCAAGAUGAUGGGAGCGCUAAAACUCCUGAAGAAACGAACCGACCUGAAAUACCUUACAACAGGAUUACAGAGCAGGAACUUUGCUGCACCAGCCAGCCAAGUCCACACAAAAUGCAAGAUCGUCAAUGGUGUAUAUGUUGUGACAUUGGAUUCACCUAAUGUUAAGGUGAACUCCUUGAACACUUCUGUAAUGGAUGAGGUGAGGAACAUCAUAAAUGAAGUCGAGUCCAAUCCAGCCAUUGAAGCUGCCGUGCUGAUCUCUGGAAAGCCGGGAAGCUUCAUUGCUGGUGCUGACAUCAACAUGAUUGAGAACUGCAAGACUAAAGAGGAAGUUGUGUCUCUUUCAAAGAGUGGUCAUGAAAUAUUCAGGAAAAUUGAGACAUCCAGAAAGCCUUUUGUGGCAGCUAUUCAAGGCAGCUGCCUCGGUGGAGGCCUGGAAACUGCGCUCGCCUGUCAUUAUAGAAUUGCCGUUAAGGACUCAAAAACUGCCUUCGGAUUACCUGAGGUUAUGUUAGGCCUCCUCCCUGGAGGUGGCGGCACUGUAAGACUGCCAGCCCUUACAUCAGUACCCACAACUUUGGACCUCGCCCUCACUGGCAAAACUGUUAAAGCUGAUAAAGCCAAGAAACUGGGCAUUGUAGACUUACUAGUUUCCCCUCUUGGACCUGGUCUAGGAAAACCUGAAGAAAACACUGCCAAAUAUUUAGAAAACGUAGCUGUGCAAAUCGCAAAGCAAAUAGCUGGGGGGAAAAUGAAGGUUGACAGGUCUAAGAAGGGUUUUGUUCAGAAACUCACUGCCAAUGUUAUGCAAUGGGAUUUCGUCAAAAACAUAAUUUUCAAGAAAGCCAGAGAGCAAGUUAUGAAAGCGUCUCGUGGUCUCUACCCUGCGCCUUUGAAGAUUCUCGACGUUGUGAGAGUGGGUGUGGAUAAAGGUCCCCAGGCGGGCUACGAAGCUGAAGCGGAAGGUUUCGGAGAACUGGCCAUGACUCCACAGAGCAAGGGUCUGAUUGGCUUGUUCAGAGGACAAACUGAGUGUAAGAAGAAUAGAUUCGGCAAAUCACAAGUUGAUGUCAAAACGAUUGGUGUGCUAGGUGCUGGUUUGAUGGGCGCUGGUAUUGUCCAAGUGUCGAUUGAUAAAGGAUACAACGUAGUCCUGAAGGACGCAACUAACGCAGGCUUAUACAGAGGAAUGGGACAGAUUCAAAAUGGCCUCACUACUGCUGUUAAAAGGAAGAGGAUCUCUGCCUUACAAAAAGACAAAUACUUGUCGCACCUCCUGCCUACCCUUGAUUACGCGAACUUCAAAAAUGCUGAUUGUGUAAUUGAAGCGGUGUUCGAAGACAUCAACAUCAAGCAUAAAGUAAUCAAGGAGAUUGAGGCGGUGGCCCCGAAACACUGCAUCAUCGCGACCAACACCAGUGCCAUUCCCAUCACAAAGAUUGCUGCUGGCAGCAGUCGCCCCGACAAAGUUAUUGGCAUGCAUUACUUCUCCCCCGUGGACAAGAUGCAGCUGCUGGAGAUCAUCAGACACCCUGGCACGAGUGAGGACACGGCUGCGGCGGCUGUCGCUGUCGGCCUCAAGCAAGGCAAGGUCGUCAUCAUUGUUGGCGACGGACCUGGCUUCUACACCACGCGCAUCCUCUCCACUAUGCUUAGUGAAGCUAUCAGGCUAUUGCAAGAAGGAGUGGACCCCAAAGACCUGGAUAACAUGACCAAGCAGUUCGGUUUCCCUGUCGGUGCCGCCACGUUAGCUGAUGAAGUCGGUAUCGAUGUAGGCUCUCACAUCGCUGUAGACCUGGCCAAGGCCUUCGGCGAACGUUUCAGCGGUGGUGACAUGAACAUUAUGCCAGAGUUUGUCAAGAAGGGUUUCUUGGGAAGGAAGUCUGGCAAGGGCUUCUACGUGUACGAGAAAGGUACUAAGAACAGGGACGUAAACCAGGAAGCCGUCCAGAUGUUGAAGGAGAGGUUCUCGCUAGCACCGCGCGGGGCCAACACUGUCGAAGACCAGCAGUUGCGAAUGGUGUCUAGGUUCGUAAAUGAAGCAGUAUUAUCACUGGAAGAGAAAAUCCUGCACAGUCCGCUAGAGGGAGACGUUGGCGCCGUGUUCGGUCUUGGAUUCCCGCCAUUCAGUGGUGGACCAUUCAGAUGGGUGGAUCAGUUUGGUGCUGACAAGUUAGUGAAGAAAAUGGAAGAGUUCCAGGGACUUUACGGAGCGCCAUUCAAGCCCGCGCAGACUCUCGUAGACAUGGCCAAAGACUCAAGCAAGAAGUUCUACAAUCGUUAAAUAAAAAAACGGAAACCAAAAAAUUCAAGCUACUUGCUGCUAUUUUUAAAUGUGUCUUGAUAGAGUGAACUGAAUUACAGGCCUAUCAUAAUUUAUCGCCUUCCUUUUCAUAGCGUUAACCCAGGGAACUAACUGAUUGGGUAUACUAGUGUUAUUUAUCUAAGAGCAAGUGAACUUCAUCUAUAGUUUUAUAAAAAAAUCUUUAAUAUUAAUUAUUAUAGUAAGAGAAUAUUUCGAUUCUGUAUAAUGUUGAGUGAAUAUAAUUAUCAUGAACAUUUUGAGAUUGGACACUUUUGUAACUUAAGAAUGUUAAAAAAGUCGGUACCUAUUUGUAUAUUCAAUAUGUACUAAAGUAAUAAAAUAUUUAUUUUAAAA